AUGGACCCCUGCGCGUUCGUGCGCCUCACCGUGGACCAGCUCCUGCUCAAGCUCCCCGCAGUGCCGCGCCCCAGCUCCGGCGCCGGGGUGCACCCUUCCAACUCGCCCUGCUUCUGCACGCUCACCCUCCAGGACCACCACCCCUCAUCGCUCUCCCGCACCGCGCUGCUGCCGCUCGCGUCCGCCUCCGCCGCCUCGGGCCCCGGCGCGGCCGCGGCGGCGGCGCACGCCGACCCCGUCGUGCUCAGCCUCGACGCCGAAGCCGUGCGGAGGCUCUCGGCGCGCCCCGCCGAGCUGGUGGUGUCCGUGCACGCGGGCCCGACGGGGAGCAGCUGCGGCGUCAGCGCCUCCCGCGCGCUGGGCCGGGUGCGCGUCGCCAUCGACGUGGCGCGCGCCGCGGCCGGGGAGACCGUCGUCGCCCGAGACGGCUGGGUUGACGUGGGGAAGCCCACGUCGUCGGCGGCCCCCGCCGUCUCCGCGCGCGCGCAGAUCCACAUGGUCGUGCGGGCCGAGCCCGACCCGCGGUACGUGUUCCAGUUCGGCGGUGAGCCGGAGUGCGGGCCCGUCGUGUACCAGGUGCCCGGAGGAGCCGCCAGCGGAGGGCAGCAGCGGCAGCCGGUCUUCACCUGCCGGUUCAGCGCAGGCCGGAGGGCAGCCAGGAGCAGAUCGCUGACGCCGCAAUCGUCCAUGACCCGGAGCACCAGCCGAAGGCUGCGGUCCUGGCUGAGCAGCACCCUCCACGGCGAAGGCCGCGACGGCGCGCACUCGCGGCGCGAGCAGCGGAAGGGCUGGACGGUCACCAUCCACGACCUGUCGGGGUCCCCCGUGGCGGCGGCGUCGAUGGUGACACCGUUCGUGCCGUCCCCGGGCUCCGGCCGCGUCUCGCGCGCCAACCCGGGCUCCUGGCUCAUCCUCCAGGCCACGGGCGCGGGGCCGUCCAGCUGGAAGCCCUGGGCGCGGCUCGAGGCCUGGCGCGAGCGCGGCCCCGUCGACGCGCUCGGCUACCGCCUGGAGCUGGUCUUCGACUCGGGACCCCACGAGUGCGCCGUCCCCAUCGCCGAGUCGUCCAUCAGCACCAAGCGCGGCGGGCAGUUCGUCAUCGACCCGGCCACGUUCCCCGAGGCCGCCGCCGGCGCCGCGUGGCCGUUUGCCGGCGGCUUCGUCAUGGGCUCCACGGUGGAGGGCGAGGGGCGCGCGAGCCGGCCCACCGUGCAGGUCGGCGUGCAGCACGUGACGUGCAUGGGCGACGUCGCGGUGUUCGUGGCGCUGUCCGCGGCCGUCGAUCUUUGCAUGGACGCCUGCAAGCUCUUCUCGCAGCGGCUCAGGAAGGAGCUGUGCCAGGACCAGGACGAGUGA